AGGACCUCAGUGCAAAAAGGCAGUGAGAGAACAACAUAAUAAUAAAAAAAUAAAAAAAUUAAUAAUAAUCCCAAAGCAAAAUCUCCCUCUCUGGCUCUCUCCGACAAAUUAGGGUUUUCAAUUUCAUUUCACAGAGUCGCCACGCGGACCAUUUCCCCUUCAAUGGCGCUUCGGUUUUUGCUGUGGUGCUAAUGAAAUUACAAGGGGACUCUGAUUUGUAGAAGAUAUUUAAAUUUUGGGGUGCUGGUGGACUAUGUAAAUGUUCUUUGAUGAAGGGACGUGACUGUGGGUAUGGUAGGUUUUGUUUCAUGUGGUUUUGAUAAGUGACAUGCAGCAUAAGCAAAUCUAAUGUAAGUUACAAAUUUUUGCAUUCAGUGAGUAGUGUAAAUUACUCAUCUGUUUGUUGGAUAAACUUUUAAGGGUUGAAAGAAAACGGUAUUGGGUUUGGUGAGUUUUAUAGAAAAUAGCUAAAACGGGGUCGCUUUGUUGUGUGGCUGCAAGGCCACAUGGAUCGAAUACGGCCAGUAGGGACUGGUCAAUGGGUCCUCAAGAGCCUUACUGGCGAACUAAUACAAGCUUUUCACCACCCCCAUCAAGAUGGGAUUUUCGAUUCCAAUCGGAGGGGCUACCAUAUAAUUCACAUGAAGGUAUUCAACUGUAUGGGUCUUCAACAUCAUCAAACAGUAAAGAAAGUCGGGGCUGGGUGAGAGGCAACUAUCUUUAUAACCAUCAAUACUCUGCAUCUGAUGGUGGUGGGCUGUUUUUAAGUAGUCCAUCUGACCUUUCUCAAGGUCCUCAGUGGACACCUCCAGCAAUUCAGGAAAUCAAUGUGGAUGAUUAUGAAACUGCAACAAGAAGAGAUCCAGCUAUGGGGCGAUCAUCCUUUAGACCUACCAGGGAGGGAACCUCAGAAAUUCCAGAUAGUGGUGGCUCAACAUCUUCCCAUUCAGACAGUAGUGAGUCUGAGCCAACAUUCAAGUCACGCUUAUCCUCUCACCGGAACUUCUCAAGUCGUCGUUCUUUCAUGUCAAAACCGAUACACCCCUUGUCCUUUUCUACCCACACAAAUACUAGAGAAGCUCCCGACUCAACAGCUGGGUUUUCAGAGUUUGAUACUGCCACUCCACAAAGAGAUGCCCACCGUUGGAGCAGUGCUAGCAGCAGCAUUGAUUUUGCUGAUGUUUCUGAGUCACUUGAGCCUGAAAUUUUCAGUCAGCCGUGCAAUCCUUCUGGUGGUUUUAGGUGUGGCUUAUGUGAAAAAUUUCUUUCACAAAGAUCACCUUGGAGUUCUCGUAGGAUUGUGAAGAGUGGAGAUAUGCCAGUUGCUGGGGUUCUUUCGUGUCGUCAUGUUUUUCAUGCAGAAUGUUUGGAGCAAACAACCCCAAAAACCCGUAAAAAUGAUCCACCUUGCCCUCUAUGUGUUAGAUUGGGAGAGGACAACUCCCCUGAACGAUGGGGUUUUUCAAGAUUGAGGAGUGGUUUCCCAAGGCUCAAACCAUUUUGUGAGGAUGGCCCAUCCAGGCCUUGGGACUGUGUACAAGUGGGAGAUUGUGUUGAAGGGGCUUUGCAUGCACCUCCACGCAAUACUAUGUUCUUACUUAACCGAAAUCGCAUUAAAAAGAACCUGACGUUAAAGGGUAAUCCAAGCAAGGAAUUUCCAGGGAAGUUAAGAAAAAGUGGCUCAUAUUCUUCGCAACAGUUGAGUGGAAAGUCAGUUGAUCAGGGAGCAGUUGGGUGCUCUAGGUCAACACCAGGCCCAAGUAUGAAGAGAUGAUGAAAGAUCUGUAGAUAAAUGGUAACAUGUAACUUAUCCUUGUAAGGGCUUUUUUUUUUUCUCUUUUAUUGAUAUUUGGUAGUGUCAUUUUAGCCAAGUAGAUAUUUUAUCAAUGAGAUUGGAUGACCUGGUUAGAUUGUUGUAUAGAUUUGAUUUUGUGCAAACUGCGGGAUGACCUCAAAGUUGGAGGCAGACAAUUGUGUGUUUAUGCUGAAUUGAUGCAUUUGAUGUUUUGUUGUUAA